AUGUGGGGAGGACCACCUUAUCUGCCUCAUGCAUAUUUCUGCAUAGAGCCUGGGUUUUUCCCGAAUACGUUUUUUGGUUUUAUCCUCGUCUACCUGCUAAAUUACAUUUCUAAAUUCGUGUUGACUCGUCUCUAGAUGUCCUUUGCUUUUUUGUCUCUUUUGCAUUGAAUUCUCAUAAUAAAUUCAUUUUUGAGAUAUAAAAACCCCGUUUUCUCCUAUUUUUA